AUAAAAAAAUACUAAUCAAACCUCAUUUUCGCCAUCGUUGUUUAUCUCUGAUAAAACAAAGUAUAUAACAACAGUUUUUGCAUCAUUUUGCCAUACUUUGUGAUCAAAGCAAAAACAAAUUAAAUAUGAAAUUUCUGUUGACUGUAGCCGCCGUGAUCGCCGUGGCCGUGGCUGGCCCGGCCCGCAACAUCGCCAUCGGACCAGCUCUCGUCGACGUUGAAUCCGCCGCCGUCCAAGAGAUUGCCGUUGGACCCGCUCUUGUCGACAAUUACCAGCCCAUCUCCGUUGGCCCCGCUAUCGUCGACCAAUACCAGCCCAUCUCUGUUGGCCCCGCUAUUGUUGACAACUACCAACCCAUCGCAGUUGGCCCCGCUAUCGUUGACAACUACCAGCCCAUCGUCAUUGGCCCCGCUAUCGUUGACAACUACCAGCCCAUCGCCGUUGGCCCCGCUAUCGUUGACAACUACCAGCCCAUCGCCGUUGGCCCCGCUAUCGUUGACAACUACCAACCCAUCGCCAUUGGCCCCGCUAUCGUUGAGGAAUACCAGCCCAUCUCCGUUAGCCCCGCCGUCGUCGAGGAAGCCGCUCCCGCCGCAGUCGCUAGCUCUCCCCUCGUCCAAAUCAUCAUCAACGUCGCCGGCUCCGGCGUUUCCGCCAGCCCCGUCGUCGUGGAGGAGAGCCCGGCCUCCAUCGACAGGCCCAUUCCGGCCCAGACCCCCGAGGUGAUCGUGCCCGAGCCCGUCAUCGUCCCUGAGCCCGUUAUAGUCGUGCCCGAGCCCGCCAUCGUGCCGGAGCCCGUCAUCGUGGCCCCCGAGGUUAUCGUGCCGGAGCCCGUCAUCGUGGCCCCCGAGGUGAUCGUGCCGGAGCCCGUCAUCGUGGCCCCCGAGGUGAUCGUGCCGGAGCCCGUCGUCGUUGCCCCCGAGAUCGUGCCCGAGCCCGCCAUCGUGCCCGAGCCCGUCGUCGUUGUCCCUGAGCUCUUCCCCGAGAGCGAGAUCGUGCCCGAGCCCGUUGUCAUCAACCCCAUCUUCCCCAUCCCCGCUGUUAUUGCCCAGUAAAUAGCGUAAUGGACAUGAGGAACCUUAGUUAUAAAAUACUUUAAUAAAUCACAGUUA